AACGACGGUUCACUUUACGUCCAACUACAGAAAAUGGACAUCGAUGAUCCGGAGUACGGGCAAAAUGCUGUUCUUCAAGAUUCGAGUUUGUUGAAGAACGUGCCCGAAGAAAUACUCGAAAUAAUACGCCUUCAGAACUCCCCGCGAUUCCUCGAAGCACUGAGUCUCGCCGCCCUUAAACCGGCUCUGACACUUGAGCUUUUUGCACGAUUCAACUCUGUAUUUGCAGAUACAUGCUCGCGGUGGAUAUCCAAGUCAGGCGAUCAAAACGGUGAAGUGGUGGAGGCAUUCGCCCGAAUCCUCCCUCUCGCGCCUCACCUCUCUACCUACCUUGAAAAAUACCUCCGAAUCACCUCCUCAGACUCCGCCACACCAUCAAUUCAAAAUCUCAGCAAGAAUAGCAAUGGCUCAACCAAUGGCCUCUCUGUGCUGGAGCUGCAGCGCAUCCUCCUUGCGGCUUUUAGACUUCUCAACUUCGACAAGUCGACCUAUUCUCGCUCCAUAUCUGGCACGAAAAUCCAGACGCUUUUGCAGCACCCAGACAAACCAGUACGAUAUCUAACAGUCAGAAUAUUCUGCCAACUUCAAUCGGCAUCCGAAUUUAAGCUGGAACAAAUGAUUGAUACGCAUGUCGGAAAAGAGGAAGCUAUUCUGGGGGAUUAUGAUGGAGAACUGCUGGAUUAUGGAUUUUUAACUCUUUUUGAGGAGAAGAGAUUACAGAACGUACGGAAGUUCAUAAAUACUACAAGUCAGAUGGCUAGUCCUCUUUCUGUAAAUUUGGAAGGUUUAUCUGCUUUGGUGGUUCGGUAUUCGAGCACACUACUUCCCCGACCCCAAGGUCCUCCUGCUCGACCUUCCGCGCUUAUCUCUACGGCUACAACUGCAAAGAAUAUGGAAGUGUUCGCAAAAAGCCUUCUCUCGUCCUCUCCAAUCUUACUCCACGGAUUGGCAGGAUCAGGAAAGACAUCGUUGGUCAAUGAUUUUGCUCGAGAGCUCAGUGUAGACUCGAACAUGGUUACACUCCAUCUCAAUGAACAAACAGAUGCCAAAAUGCUUAUUGGCAUGUAUGCGACUGGCUCCACACCAGGAUCCUUCACAUGGCGGGCAGGCGUGCUGACGACAGCCGUGAGAGAGGGUAGAUGGGUGUUCAUUGAGGACCUCGAUCGAGCCCCAAAUGAGGUUAUCAGCGUGAUCUUACCCCUUAUUGAGAGAGGGGAGCUACUGAUCCCAAGUCGCGGAGAGACUAUCAAAGCAGGGCCUGGAUUUAGACUCCUAGCUAGCAUUCGAACGUCGUUGAAUGUAGCUGGCCACGAGAAUCCACCUGCUUUACAUAUGCUUGGAGCUCGUCUCUGGCAACGCGUCCCCGUUGAAAUGCCCUCUCAAGAUGAAUUCCGUGAGAUCAUUGAUGGCAUCCACCCAAUUCUCCACGAGUUUCUUCCCGGAAUCAUCAGCGUUUACGAGCGAUUAUAUGCCUUGUCUCACAAGCCAUCUUUCGCUUCUAGAAGUCGAACCACUCUGGGCCGUCCGAUAAGUCCCCGCGAUUUAUUGAAAUGGUGUCGAAGACUUGAUAGCACUCUUGUUGCUGCUGGCUCAAAGACCGGUCGGGAACCAAUCAGUGAAGCAACGAAAUAUGAGAUGUUUCUGGAAGCCACAGAUUGCUUUGCAGGCAGCUUACAGACUGAAGAUUCCCGAAGAUCUGUCAUUUCCUGUAUUGCUGAAGAAAUGCAUAUCGACCCGCAACGGGUUGAUCACUUUUUAACCUCGCAUAUCCCGCGAUAUGACGAGAGUGAAAGGGAAUUGACUAUUGGGAGAGUUCGUCUACCAAAACGAAGCACUGCUCGAGUCGCCAAACCCGCCAAGAAGGCGCGGCCUUUUGCGAACACCACUCACGCCAAGCGAUUGCUCGAACAAGUUGGAGUCGCUGUGAGAAUGGCCGAGCCGGUGUUGCUUGUCGGUGAAACUGGUAUCGGAAAAACGACAGUCGUCCAGCAACUUGCAGACUCCCUCGGAUACAAGCUCACUGCUGUCAAUUUGUCACAACAGAGCGAAGUUGGAGAUCUGUUGGGAGGAUUCAAACCAGUAAAUAUCAGAAGCCUUGCGAUCCCCCUGAAGGAUGAGUUUGAUGAUCUCUUCUCAUCUACCGGUAUCUCAGCAACAAAGAAUCAGAGAUACCUUGAUCAGCUCGGCAAAUGUAUUGCCAAAAGUCAAUGGAGCAAGGCGUCGCGGCUCUGGCGUGAAGCUCCAAAGAUGUUUGAAAAGAUCAUCUCGGAAUUGGCCAAAAAGGAGUCAGCCAAUGAACGUUCCGUUGCCGAACAACCACCCAAGCGCCGCAAGACCGAGUCGAAACUCGAGUCACUCUUGCAGCUCAAACCUCGAUGGGAUAGAUUCUCUCAAAAUCUAGACCAAUUCGAUAUUCAACUCUCGGGGGGUUCCAAGGGGUUUGCAUUCACAUUUGUCGAGGGCAAUAUUGUCAAGGCAGCUCGUAAUGGGGACUGGGUCUUGCUUGAUGAAAUUAACCUUGCAUCACCAGAUACCUUGGAGAGCAUAGCAGACCUUUUGAGUGGUCCCGGAAGCACUCCAUCCAUUCUGCUGUCAGAGACGGGGGAAAUUGAGCGAGUGCGUGCUCAUCCAAAUUUUCGAAUUUUUGGCGCCAUGAAUCCUGCCACAGAUGUCGGGAAACGCGAUCUACCAAUGAGUCUUCGGUCGAGAUUCACAGAGAUUUACGUUGAAAGCCCAGAUAGAAGUUUAGAUGAUCUUCUAGGCGUUGUGAAGGCAUACCUCAAAGGGACUAGCAGCAACGACGAGCGAGCUGCCCACGAUGUGGUCAAACUCUACAUGAAUACCAAGCGUCUAGCAGCCGAGAAACGAUUAGUUGAUGGAGCAAAUCAGGUCCCGCAUUUCAGUCUUCGAACUCUAACUCGAGUUCUCAGCUAUGUCACCGAGAUUGCUCCUUCAUAUGGAUUACGCAGAGCUUUGUAUGAGGGCUUUGCAAUGGGGUUCCUUACUCUUCUUGAUAGGGAAUCGGAGAAGAUGCUCAUGCCCUUAAUCAAUCACCAUCUGCUAGACAGUCACGGCAAUCCUCAGGCGCUUUUAGCCCAAACGCCACGGCAUCCAGAUGAUGGAAAGCAGUACGUACGAUUCAUGAACAAGAAAAAAGAUCGUCAGUACUGGAUGCUGCAAGGAAUGGAGACUCCGGAAGAGCAGCCUCACUAUAUCAUCACCCCUUUUGUUGAACGCAACAUGCUCAAUCUCGUCCGCGCCACCUCUACCAGGAGAUUUCCGGUCCUGAUUCAAGGUCCUACGUCGUCAGGGAAGACCAGUAUGAUCGAGUAUCUCGCAAAAUUCAGUGGCAACAAGUUCGUAAGAAUCAACAAUCACGAACAUACAGAUCUGCAAGAAUAUUUGGGUACUUACAUUUCUGGAACUGACGGGCAGCUUCGUUUCCAAGAAGGUCUUCUUGUGCAAGCCCUUCGGCAAGGGCAUUGGAUUGUGCUCGACGAACUCAACCUGGCACCCACCGAUGUCCUUGAAGCUCUCAACCGGCUGCUAGAUGACAAUCGUGAGCUCCUUAUCCCUGAGACCCAAGAAAUAGUGCGGCCGCACGAGAACUUCAUGCUAUUCGCAACUCAGAAUCCUCCUGGCUUGUAUGGUGGAAGAAAGACACUGUCACGUGCAUUUCGAAACCGAUUCCUUGAAUUGCAUUUUGAUGACAUCCCCGAGGACGAGCUUGAUUUCAUUCUGGAGAAGAGAAGUCAGAAAGUGGCACCAUCAGACUGCCGAAGAAUCGUCUCCGUUUACAAAGAGCUUUCCAGAUUGCGACAGUCGAAUCGACUAUUUGAACAGAAAGACAGCUUUGCCACCUUGCGAGAUCUCUUUCGGUGGGCUCUCAGAGAUGCCGAUAAUAGGGAACAGCUUGCUGCCAAUGGCUAUAUGCUACUAGCGGAGAGAGUGCGGAACCCGGAAGAGAGACAAGCAGUCAAAGAGAUCAUCGAAAGAGUCAUGAAAGUCAAAAUUGACACAAGUGUUCUAUACGAUGCGAACUUGUCUCCGGAGAUCAAGGCAUAUGAUACCACUUCCAACACACAAGGGGUUGUCUGGACGCAUGCUAUGCGGAGGCUGUAUGUUCUGGUCGCACAUGCGCUUCGUAAUAAUGAGCCUGUACUCUUGGUUGGUGAGACUGGAUGUGGCAAGACCACUGUCUGCCAGAUGCUCGCCGAUGCAUUUGGCAAGGAAUUGCACAUUGUCAACGCGCACCAGAACACUGAGACAGGCGAUCUCAUUGGGGCCCAGAGGCCUGUCCGUAAUCGUGCCGCUGUCUUAGAACAGCUCAGACAAGAUUUGCUUACUUUGCUGAGCGGUCUGGGUCAAGAAAUACCAAACCAGGAUCUUGACAACUUGAUUUCGACAUAUCGAUCAUUAUCAGUUUCGGAUCUUGCACGAGUCCCAGAGCAGCUUCGAGAACGAAUUGAGGCGAACCAAGUCAAAGCUAAAGCACUUUUCGAGUGGUCAGACGGAAGUCUUGUCCAAGCUAUGAAGGAGGGACAAUUCUUUCUCCUUGAUGAAAUCUCCCUUGCUGAUGAUUCGGUACUCGAGAGACUGAACUCUGUCCUGGAACUUAGCCGAACUAUCUUGCUUGCGGAGAAGGGUGUUGAUGGAUCCUUCGUUCGGGCUGCCGAUGGCUUUCAAUUUUUUGCGACCAUGAAUCCUGGUGGCGACUACGGGAAGCGAGAACUUUCACCAGCUCUACGGAAUCGUUUCACCGAAAUCUGGGUGCCUUCCUUAUCAGAACAUGAAGAUGUCCUGCAAAUCGUGGAAGCGAAGCUGAACAACAAGUUGAAGCAAUUUGCCAAAGUCAUGGUUCAUUUCGCAGAAUGGUUCGGCCAGACUUAUCGCUCAUCUGCUUCAACUUCCAUCUCCGUCCGUGACGUGCUUGCGUGGGUCAAGUUUAUGAACGGGUGUACCACUACAGAUCCAUAUUUUGCAGUUCUCCAUGGCGCUGCUAUGGUUUACAUAGAUACUCUGGGUGCCAAUCCCUCAGCGCUACUUGCAAUAAACCCGGAAACUAUUCUUGAACAACGAGCCAAGUGCCUGGAGCAACUCAGCAAGUUGCUAGACCACGAUGUCAGCACCAUCUACUUCAGCCCAACUGAAUUGGUCACCGAUACACAUUGCCUGACAAUUGGACAAUUUUCAAUAGCGAAGCAGGCUGGCUCCGAUGCAGACCCUGGAUUUGCCUUCGGAGCCCCGACUACAAAACUGAAUGCUAUGCGGGUAGUACGGGCACUGCAGGUUCAGAAGCCAAUUCUCAUUGAGGGCAGCCCCGGUGUUGGCAAAACGACUCUGAUUGCUGCACUUGCACGUGCAUGCGGCAAGCCCCUGACCCGAAUCAAUUUGUCUGAACAAACCGACUUAAUGGACCUUUUCGGAUCAGAUGUGCCAGUUGAGGGCGCCGAGGCUGGCCAUUUUGCAUGGCGCGAUGCACCAUUUCUUCAAGCUAUGCAAAGAGGGGAAUGGGUACUCCUGGAUGAGAUGAACCUGGCCUCGCAAUCUGUGUUGGAAGGAUUGAAUGCUUGUCUCGACCAUCGUGGUGAAGUUUAUAUAUCGGAACUCGACCAAACCUUCAAACGCCACCCCAAUUUUUCCGUAUUUGCCGCCCAAAACCCUCAUCAUCAAGGUGGUGGUAGAAAGGGUUUACCAAGCUCUUUUGUUAACCGAUUUACUGUUGUCUAUGCUGAUGUGUUUAGGAACGAGGAUCUCGAAUUAAUUUGCAGGCAUAAUUAUCCGGCUGCGCCAUCCGAUACCCUUUCCACUAUUAUUAGCUUUGUCUCUCAGCUCGAGCAAGAGGUUGUCCAUAAGCGUAAAUUUGGGUCUCAAGGCGGGCCUUGGGAAUUCAACCUACGCGAUAUCUUACGUUGGCUACAACUACUCGCAUCAACCACCCCAUUUCUCGGAGGGAGAAACCCAGCAGAUUUUCUAAACUUGAUUUUCCGAUUACGCUUCAGAACUCCUAGAGAUCGCCAAGAAGUUGACAGGAUCUUCACCCAGGUAUUCGGUACUAAUGUCCCUUUCCGUCACUUUUUCCAGAAUAUGAGCCCGAGGGCUUGCCAAGUCGGUAUUGCGUAUAUGCCCCGGGAUGAACUCGUGCAGCGCCUGCCAUUCCCCCCAGUGCGUCUCACCAACCGUUUGCCCGAAGUUGAAGCGGUGAUGAUCUGCGUCGAGCAGAACCUGCCAUGUAUAAUAGUUGGGCCAUCCGGUUCCGGGAAGACGGCGAUAAUACAACACAUUGCAGCGAUUAGUGGCAAGUCUCUAGUCGUCUUCCCGCUCAAUGCGGAUAUUGACACAAUGGACCUGGUUGGCGGCUUUGAGCAAGUUGAUCCUCAACGAGCUGCCAGUGCUUUCCUUGAAGAACUGAAGGAAUUUCUGGAUAGCCGCCUUCUGCGUUCAUUGCCAGCGAAGGUUCCUGAUGAGGCAAUCACCCUUUUAGAGCUGCUGAAGGAUAAUGUGCAAACCUCUCAGACUCUUUUUUCGGAUCUCGCUCAACUUCUUGAGGCUCUGGAAAGCCAGACUUCAUUGUCUGAGUUUGGAGAUCUCGCACGCAGCUGCAAAACAUUAGCGGAAACACCUAUGACUCUCGAGAACGCUCGAUUUGAGUGGGUUGAUGGUGUUUUGGUCAAGGCUCUGCAGCAAGGCAAAUGGCUCGUCCUCGAUAAUGCUAAUCUUUGUAGUGCUUCUGUUUUGGACAGACUGAACUCUUUGCUUGAACCAAAUGGUACGCUCAGCAUCAACGAACAUUGUGGCCCAGAUGGAGAACCAAAGAUCAUUAGACCACAUCCGGAUUUCAGAAUUUUUCUGACUAUGGAUGCUCGAUUUGGGGAACUCUCCAGGGCCAUGAGAAAUCGUGCCAUCGAAAUAUUCCUUAGCCCAGCACAGACAAUGGAUAACACUAAUGAUACCGUCGUUGCUGCAAUGCCAGAAUCAGCUAUGCAGCGAUAUGAUGGAGUUUCAAAAGUACUGGAAGCUGAGACUUCCGAUGCAGACCAACUGCGACUUCUAAACCAGGUCGCUUUGGACAACCUAGCCUGGUCUGAUAUUCCACUCCUACCAAGAUUUGCGGAAGCCUUCGGGCGCAGUCAAUUUUCAGUAUCUGCUGAACAACUGUUUGCAAUAUGCAGACCGUACAUACAGAUAUACCAGAGCAACAAUGACCUCAAUUAUCGAGCAGCGAUUGGAGAGAUGUUGGAUAAAUUUGCGGCGAAGACGGGGCUAUCAAAAAGCUUCAGAGACGCACAGGUUAGUGACCGUGCCCUCUCUUCCAUAGCAUAUAAUGUACAAUACUGAUAGGUUAAAUAAAACUUGUAGAUCAUCCAUCCGCUCCAGAAUUCACCGUUGGUCCCGCUGUUGCAGCAGACGUCCGCCCAGAUCUAUUGGCUC